AUGUCUUCCCAAAAGCAACAGAAAAGCCCCAAUCUAGUAAGAAGCUUGGGGCUCACUCCAAGCCAGACAGAGCACCUCUUGAUGGGAUAUUUGUGCAUGAAGAAAUCAAAGCUUGAUUGGAAGAAGCUCGCGGAGUUCAGCAAUGUCACGCCUGAUUCUGCUAGAACUACCUUCACUAAGGCUCGACGCACCCUUGAGAAAUGGGAGGAAAAGAGGACUGCUGGAGCAGUUACCAAGGAAGCCGAAGAAUAG